AUGUGUGAAAUCGACGACAGAAAGUCGUCUCCCACAAAGCCCACCUCAACGUCCACUGCGACAACCGCUUCAUCCAAACCAACCAGAACAAUCGAUCCCACCGCUUCUACAAUCACAUCACCUUCAGACCCCAAAUUCUCCCCCUUAUACUCUGAGUGUAGCUCCACGGCCGCUGGACUAUCUAUGCCAUGUCCCUCGUACCCAAGUAAAGCGGUACUCGCGGGAUUUUUCCCCGGCGCCAUCUUCGGAGCCGUGCUCGCAGCCCUGGGGAUGUUCUGUUUCCGACGAUGGCAACGACGACAGAUUCCACCCUCCAUAAAAGUUGUACAGCACACACAACGCUCCUCCAACGGCACUUUACUUGGGAUAUCCAGCCCAAUCCCCACAGAUGACAGCUCCUACCGCACUGAUUUCCUCCUACGUCGAUCACGAUCAUCGAAACGAAGCUCCGAAGGGGCCCGGUCCAUGCUCCAACGCACCGGCACCCGAGUCAAGAGCCUAUUUGGCUCCACCCCUAAAAUCACCGUCCACCCUCCCCCGGAAAAAGAAAGGCCAAAAGUUCCCCCGUUACCAGUCACGCCACCCCAGAAGAUUCGUCCGCAGCGUCUGCCCAGCACCGAAAGUAUCAGAGUCUAUACGCCCCCCGGCGUGUUCGCAGGCACUGGUGUGCUGAAACCCGAUCCGUAUCCCGCUUUUCGUCUGGAUACCACCUUCGCUGAUAUGAUGGACCAGGUGGGAUUCAGUAAUAACAAGGGUGAUCCGUCCUACCGUGUCACUGAUACUUCUCAGGAGAGUUCCAAUAUCAAUACCAGUACCCUUCGGGUUCCUCGCAGGUCUUGA